AUGGAUAAAGACCAACAACAGGAAGCUCAGAACAAGAAACAGAAGACUGAUGAGAAGGAGGAAUUUUUUCAACCAUUAGGGCAACAGGCCCAGGAGGGAGUUAGCUACACCGGAGCUACUGAUGCUGAGGGCCAUCCGGUCCAGGAGAUUGAAUCUCUCUGCAUGAAAUGUGGAAAGAAUGGUGUCACAAGACUAUUAUUAACUAGUAUUCCCUACUUUAGGGAGGUAGUUAUCAUGUCUUUUGAAUGUUCCCACUGUGGCUUCAAGAACAGUGAGAUGCAACCCGCUUCUAAGAUCCAAGAGAAAGGAUGCAAGUACAUGCUGAAAAUUGAGAAUGUCAAAGAUUUCAACAGGCAAGUCGUCAAGAGUGAAACAUGCACAUGCGAGUUCAAAGAAUUGGAGCUUGAGAUUCCUGCUCAAAAGGGGCAGAUAAUCACCGUCGAGGGACUUCUAUCUGGGAUGAUUGAAGACUUGUCUGCGGAACAGGAAGCCAGAAAGACUCAACAACCUGAAAUAUAUGAAAAGAUUGAGGAAUUUGUUGCAAAAGUGAAGUCGGUUCUACUGGGAAGUCAUUUUCCCUUGACGUUUAUUCUAGAUGACCCCUCCGGGAACUCUUGGGUGGAAUAUAUCCCUGGCGAACCUCAGCACAAAUGGUCUCAGGUUGAAUAUACGAGAACUCCACAGCAGAAUGUGCAACUUGGGCUGGUCUCUGCCGAUGAAGUGGCUCAACACGAACUUGCUGCAUCAAAUACUAAAGACAGAAACCCGACCAGUAGUGGCUUUAUUUCUGAUCAGACUGAUAUUGAAAACUUUGAGAACGAAGUCCAGACGUUUCAAGCCACUUGUCCUUCAUGCUAUGCUUCUUGCUCUACUAAUAUGAAAAUGGUGAAUAUUCCUCAUUUCAAAGAAGUCAUUAUCAUGGCUACAGUGUGCGAUAGAUGCGGCUACAAAUCAAAUGAAGUCAAAACCGGUGGUGCCAUCCCAGAUAAGGGAAAAAAGAUCACUCUGAAAGUGGUGAACGCUGAAGAUUUGGCUAGAGAUAUCCUUAAAUCUGAAACAUGUGGAUUGACGGUUCCAGAGCUACAUCUAGACUUGACCCCAGGCACCCUGGGUGGUAGAUUUACUACCAUUGAAGGGUUAUUGCGUCAAGUCCAGGAGGAAUUGCAUGAUCGAGUGUUCACUGAAACCUCAGACUCUAUGGAUGAGGCUACAAAAACCCGUUGGGAAACAUUCCUGCAAAGAAUAAAGGACGCUGCCGAUGGAAAGAUCAAGUUCACUAUCACCAUGGAAGACCCAUUGGCCUCCUCUUAUAUUCAGAACGUCUACGCUCCAGAUCCAGAUCCAAACAUGACCACGGAAGAGUUCGUACGUAGUAAAGAGGUUGACCAAGACUUGGGACUUACAGACAUGCACGUUUGA